UUUCUGAUUAGGUUACCUGUUGCAGAUGUUCACCAGACCAUCGAAAAACAGACUGGAUCGAACAAGAGGUCCCGUUCGCCACUUCGAUCUCAUACCUUCCGGAGGCCCAACAAAGGCGAGGGACGGCAGCGACGAGGCUGAAGAUUCCGAUCACAAAGUUGGAGAUCCUGACCACGAGGCCGAAGCUUCGGAUCACGAGGCUGAGCAUUUGAGUGACGAUCAGUCUCCAGAUGAUUACGAUGACGACAAGGAAACAUUAGAAAGGGAUGAAACCGGAUUUCGCACCGAGGAAAUUCACACACCGUUUCUAGAUCCAAACGCCAACACCGAAGGCGAUUCAUUUCACAGCGGCCCAGAUUUUGACCAGAAAGACAUAGAAGACGCAAGAGAAGAGUACUCUAGUCUCUUGAAGAAGUUGACUAUCUCCCGAGAUCAAACAGAAGCUAGCAGCUUCGAAACAGACAGACUUUUGGCGAUCGCUGUGAACCUGGGGGUAUUCACGGAUAACGAUACCACGGAACCAUUGCCGCCGCCGCCUCCUGGUCAGGGAAACCACGCUCUCCAAGACUAUCAGAUGCAACUUAUGCUUUUGGAACAGCAGAAUAAAAAGCGACUCCUCAUGGCGCGGCAGGAACAAGACCAAAUCGCCUCUGGCAUUUCCGAUCUGCCCUUUGCCCAGAACUCUCUCCCCACCAAGGUCCCCGAAGCUGUUCACUCUGCCCUGAUGCCCGAAACUAACUAUAAUCCUGCACUCAGACCCAAAAUGCAGCAGUCGCCUUUGCAUAGCAUUCAAAAUAUACAUCUCGCUCACUCAACGGAAGCAUCAGCGCAGAAACAAGGCAGAUCUGGCGAGUCACAGCUUGUCAGCAGGCUUUUGAGACGAAUUGAUGAACUGGAGAAAGCUACUAAGAGACCAGAACAUCAACCAGUGCAAGGUUCCAGCCCUCUCCGCUUCCAGGUACUUCAUCUAUUAGAUGAUGCAAACAGUACUGUUUGUCUUCAAGAGCCAACUUGGACUUUCGGAAAGAAUGGCAGACUGCAGCUCAGAGCAGAGUUACCACUAGUCGAUCUGGACACCCAUCUACGCAAGAAUGAUGACAUCUCUUUCGUGGUGUACAAGUCUUACGCAACACCGACAUUCAGCGCUACUGAACUGGCAGAAUGCCUAGAAACAGGCGUGCUUCCUGCCCCGGAACCGUCGAAUGAGUUUAUCAAGAUCAUGUCCGAAGAGCUGCGCGUGGCUUUGGAGAUGUUCCUUACAGCCGCAUGCUCAAUUGAAGAGAAACAGCUUGGACGAUUCUUGGAUACCCUAGAUGCUCCUUACCUGUUUUGGUAUCGUGGCAGAUCAAAAAGAACGUCCUUGUCACAUCAGCUUCCAAGACAUAAAGCGCAUCUGCAGUUACUGUUCGAUUGGAUUGAGCGCAAUUAUGCCGCGAAGUUCGACCAGUUUGACGAGAUGAAAUCUCGCGGGUGCAUUUCACAUGCAUUUAUCGAAUAUCUUUUCUUCCCAGGCGAUGUUGUUGUUGAUCAGGAAGGCGAUAAGACCAAGGCCUACCGGUUGGAAGACAUGCCGGCAAUACAAAGGGUCUACCACGGACGUCUCCACCAUUCGCACGAGUUCGAGAAAAUGGCUCGUGCAAGGUCAAGGACUCAAAAAAGAAACAAGACUGACGAAGCCUGGGCUUGGGAGAUUUCAUGUUUGACCAUCGUGUAUGAUGGCCAGUUCUAUCUUCAAAGCCAGAGACUCCUUCUUCGACUGAUUGCCGAGAGUCACGAUGAAGAAGUCGCCAUUACCAAAUUGAGUAUAGUUCCCUUACCAUUCGUCAGUAAGGAUCUGCAAGAGCAACUCAUGCAAAGAGGCCGCACAUUCUGGUCCUGCCGUAUUAAGCGACCAGUCUCGUACAAAGGCGGAGAUGAAGAUGCGUCACAUACGUACGGUGAGAGAUACGUAAUUGACAACAAAUCCUUUCAGAAGCUUCAUCUCGACAAGCAGAAAGCGAAACGAAUUCAAGACCCCAUAUUCUCGGGCGCUAGCAAAGAUAGAACGCCAUUGUUCGUGGAAGAUAUGGAUGAUGAUGAGCCCCCUCGAGCGCCCGACAUAUACUUGUUUCCCCCAACUAUACCUGGUUUCUCCCUGCGUCGCAAAGUGUGGAUUGAUCUAGUAGUCGACAGAAUUGUCGAUAUUUCUUGGAACAAAGAAGCUUUCGACCAUCUAGUCGCUGAUGACAAGACGAAAGAGCUUGUACACGCUCUGGUGGCGGACCGAAUCUCCACCGAAAGGAACACCGAUAUUAUCCAGGGAAAAGGCAAUGGACUGAUCAUCCUCCUUCAUGGAGGUCCGGGGACUGGCAAAACCUUUACCGCAGAGAGCGUCGCUGAGCUAGCUGAGAAACCGCUAUAUCCGGUGACAUGUGGCGACAUUGGCACAGAGCCAGACCAGGUCGAGCAAUACCUCGAAUCAGUGUUAUACCUAGGCAACCUGUGGGAUUGUGUUGUGCUUCUAGAUGAAGCCGACGUGUUCCUCGAGGAGCGAGGGAUAGCUGAUCUAGCACGCAAUGCCCUAGUUUCAGUAUUCCUCCGUGUGUUGGAGUACUACGACGGCAUUCUUAUCCUCACAUCUAAUCGCGUCGGCACAUUCGACGAAGCCUUCAAAUCUAGGAUCUCGCUCGCCCUGCACUACCCCAAUCUGGGCAAGUCGCAACGCUGCCGUAUCUGGAAGAACUUCCUCAACCGCCUCAAAGCACUGAAAGAGCCUGGUAUCGACUUCGAUGACAUUGAAUGCAAUGUUUUGGAAUUGGCGCACGAGGAGCUCAAUGGUCGGCAGAUUCGUAACGCGAUUACGAUUGGAAGACAACUCGCAAAGUUCCAAAAGAAGGAUUUGUCAUAUGCGCAUCUGAAGCAUGUCGUUGAGGUAGCUGGCCAGUUUGAAACGUAUGUGAAAGAGACGAAGGAGAAUUUCUCGGAUGAGCAGAUCGCUCGGCUUCAUGGACGCAGAUAGUGACCGAAGGUGGUAUUCUUCACAUUCUUUCAAUGAAGCGUAUGCGUAGAUGAUGCGUUGUUCUCGGUGGUCUCUUCACAGCGCUAACGGGUAGCAUUGGCACGACUUUAUCUUUGCGUAGCCGACUUUCUUUUUUUCCUUACAACCAUCUAGCUCCAAGAAACAGAUUUGAUCCC